CCCAUGUUAUAUUGUGGUGCCGAGAAUAUGUUGACAAUCUAAUUCUAGUUUAGGAUGGCUCAAUCAGAUAUGCUGUUUCUACUUAUUUUGUGAAUUGGAUUCACAUUGAGAGACUAUACUUGUUGACAUUUAUAUAUAGCAUGGAAGUUUCCAUACCGUUGAUUUUGUUUGGUAACCCUUCCUGAGCUAAUUGUCAAUUACUAAUAAUCAUAGUGUAGAAAUCCAACUUGACGGCUCAACAAAUGCAUCUGAUCCAGAUCAACAGCUGAUAAAGACGAAAUUUAUACAGUCAAACAUACUGUAGAGAAGCAGUGUGAGAAAAAUAUCAAGAAAACGCUGCAACUAUAGGAACAUCCAUUUCAGCUUAUAUUCAAUUAAUUCUCAUGCAAAUUGGCAGAAUAAAACAUCAUAAGCAAUGAAAUUAAGCACUAGAAAGAUACUUCUAUUUCGAGUUGUUCUUGUUCUGGUUUUUUACAUAGCAAAUGCUUCAGACACCAUUAGCACCAAUAAAUCCCUGCAAGAUUCAGAAACUUUAGUCUCCAAUGACAAAAGAUUCAUAUUUGGGUUCUUUAGUCCAGAAAAUUCAACGAAUCGGUAUGUUGGUAUUAUGUUUAAUAUCCAAUCAUCAACUGUUGUAUGGGUAGCCAACAGAGACAACCCUUUACAAGAUUCUAGUGGAAGUGUUACAAUAUCAGAAGACGGAAAUCUUGUAAUCUUGAAUGCACAGAAGAAAAGUAUAUGGUCAUCCAAUAUUUCAACAGCUGUGAGAAAUUCUACUGCCCAGCUCUUGGAUAAUGGGAACUUAGAAUUGAAAGACAGCUCCAGUGGGAUGGUCCUCUGGGAAAGUUUCCGCGAUCCUUCAGAUUCCUUCUUGCAGUAUAUGAAAAUUGGCGUCGAUAAGAGUACUAACACAACAAAUCUGCUGAAAUCAUGGAAAAGUCCUUCGGAUCCAUCUGCUGGGAGUUUCUCAGCUGGUAUUCAACCUGAAACGGUUCCCCAGAUUUACAUAUGGAAAAAUGGGAGACUCCCUCAUUGGCGUAGCGGUCCGUGGAAUAAACAGAUUUUCAUUGGAAUACCAGACAUGACUUCUUUCUACCUCAAUGGAUUUGAUCUAGUAAAUGACAACAAGGGAACUGCAUACCUCUCCUUUUUAUACGCAAAUCAGGCUGAGAUUGCCUAUUUCACCUUGAACUCAACAGGGUUUUUGCAUCAGAAAUAUUUGGAUCCUAAGAAGAAUGAUUGGGAAGUGACAUGGGAAAGUCAGGUAAGCGAGUGCGAUUUUUAUGGAAAAUGUGGGCCUUUUGGAAGCUGUGAUCCUAGAAGCUCACCAAUCUGUUCUUGUUUAGAUGGAUUUAAGCCGAAAAGUGAAGAGGAAUGGAGGAAAGGAAAUUGGACUGGUGGAUGUCUCAGAAAGUCCAUGUUAGAGAGUGAAAGAAACAACUCUAACAUUGAGCAAGGUAAGCAAGAUUGGUUUCUGAAGCUGCAGUCAAUGAAAGUACCGGAUCUUGCUAUUUGGGUGCCUUUUGCCGAUGAAGAUUGUUAUAAGGGUUGCUUGAGGAAUAAUUCCUGCAUAGCUUAUUCAUACUACAUAGGCAUAGGAUGCAUGCAUUGGGAAGAAAUCUUACUUGAUGUUCAGAAAUUCUCCACGGGCGGGGCAGAUUUAUUUGUUCGCCUUUCGUACACUGAGCUUGAUCAAAAGAGAGAUAUGAAAGUAGCCAUUGGGAUCAUAGUACCAGUAGGCUCAAUAGUUCUUGCCAUUUUUGGAUACUUUUCCUGUAAAUAUUUAGCUAAGCACAGAGCAAUGAGGAAAAAGAGUGAGCUCUUAUUACGAGAAUCAUUGCCAAACUUCUACAAGGAAAGCUUGGUUACAGAUGACAUCAACCAAGCUAAAUUUGAAGAGCUACUUGUAUACAACUUUGACAUCUUAGCAAGUGCAACCGACAAUUUUCACUUGUCUAGCAAGCUUGGGCAGGGAGGUUUUGGUCCAGUUUACAAGGGAAAAUUGCCAGAGGGAAAAGAAAUUGCUGUGAAAAGGCUUUCACAGUCUUCUGGUCAGGGGCUAGAGGAGUUUAUGAAUGAGGUUGUGGUGAUUUCCAAACUUCAACACCGUAAUCUUGUUAAGCUCCUUGGCUGCUGCACAGAAAGAGGAGAGAAGAUGCUGGUUUAUGAAUACAUGCCAAAAAGAAGCUUAGAUGCAUAUCUCUUCGGUUCAAACCCUGAAGAGAAAGAGUUCCUUGAUUGGAGUAAACGUGUUAUCAUCAUUGAGGGAAUUGGUCGAGGCCUUCUUUACCUUCACAGAGAUUCAAGAUUAAAGAUUAUUCACAGGGAUUUGAAAGCAAGCAACAUUUUGUUGGAUGAACAACUGAACCCGAAAAUUUCAGAUUUUGGCAUGGCAAGGAUUUUUCCAGGCAACCAAGAUCAGGCCAACACAGAGAGAGUUGUUGGUACCUAUGGUUACAUGGCACCUGAAUACGCAAUGGAAGGAAGAUUCUCAGAAAAAUCAGAUGUUUACAGUUUCGGAGUUUUGUUACUGGAAAUUAUUAGUGGAAGGAGGAAUACUAGCUUUCACCAAGAUGACUGUGCCUUAAGCCUUCUAGCAUGUGCAUGGAAGUGUUGGAACGAAAAUAACAUUGUCGAAUUGGUUGACCCCAAGAUAAUAGACAUGCAGUUUGAAAGGGAAAUUCUGAGGUGUGCACAUGUUGGACUAUUAUGUGUUCAAGAAUAUGCAGAAGAUAGACCAAAUGUUUCGGUGGUUCUGUCUAUGCUCACUAGUGAAAUUUCUGAUUUGCCAAGUCCUAAACAACCUGCAUUUACAACAAGACCGAGCUGUUCCAAGAAGGAAUCUUCUAAAACUCAAGGCUCUGUGAACACAGUUAGCAUUACUAUUAUGGAAGGACUAAUGAAGCUAAGUUGUAAGAAGAUUUUUCUUUGGCACGCUGUUCUUGUUCUGUUUUUUCAUAUAGCAAAUGCUUUAUCAGACACCAUUAGUAUCAAUCAAUCUCUGAGUGGUUCAGAAACUUUAGUUUCCAAAAAUAACAUAUUCAUAUUGGGAUUUUUUAGUCCUGAGAAUUCGACGAAUCGUUAUGUUGGUAUUAUGUUUAAUACCCAAUCACAAAGUGUUGUAUGGGUAGCCAACAGAGACAGUCCUUUACAAGAUUCUAGUGGAAGAAUAACUAUAUCAGAAGGUGGAAAUCUUGUAAUCUUGAAUGCACAGAAGAAGAGUAUUUGGUCAUCCAAUAUUUCAACAGCUGUGAGAAAUACUACUGCCCAGCUCUCAGAUACUGGAAACUUAGUUUUGAAAGACAGCUCCAGUGGGAGAACUCUAUGGGAAAGUUUUAGUGAUCUUUCAGAUUCUUUCUUGCAGUACAUGAAGCUUGGCAGCGAUAAGAGUACUAACACGACGAAUCUGCUGAAAUCAUGGAGAAGUCCCUUAGAUCCUUCUGAUGGGAGUUUCUCAGCUGGAAUUCAACCUGAAACCAUUCCCCAAAUUUUCAUAUGGAAGAAUGGCUUACCUCAUUGGCGUAGCGGUCCAUGGAAUAAACAGAUUUUCAUUGGAGUACCAGAAAUGACUUCUUUCUAUUUCAGUGGAUUUGAGCUAGUAAAUGACAACAUGGGUACUGCCUACUUCUCCUAUACAUAUUCAGAUCAAGAUGAUGGGAUGCUCUACUUAGUCUUGAACUCAACUGGAUUUUUGCAGCAAAAAGAACUAUAUGAUAGGAAGAAUGACUGGACCGUAACAUGGGCAACCCCUGCAAAUGAGUGUGAUUUUUAUGGAAAGUGUGGGCCUUAUGGAAGCUGCGAUCCUAAUAGUUCACCAAUUUGCACUUGUUUGCAAGGGUUUAAACCAAAAAGUCAAGAAGAAUGGGGAAAAGGAAACUGGACCAAUGGAUGCAUCAGAAAGACUGCAUUAGAGAAUGAAAGAAACAACUCCAACAUUGAGCAAGGUAAGCAAGAUUGGUUUUUGAGGCUGCAGUCAAUGAAAGUUCCGGAUUCCGCUAUUUGGGUAUCUUUGGAUGAAGAAGAUUGUGAAAGUGGUUGCUUGAGGAAUUUUUCCUGCAUAGCUUAUUCAUACUACAUAGGCAUAGGAUGCAUGCAUUGGGAAGGAAUCUUACUUGAUGUUCAGAAAUUCUCCACGGGCGGGGCAGAUUUAUUCAUUCGUCUUUCGUACACUGAGCUUGAUCAAAAGAAAGAUAUUAAAGUAGCCAUUGGGAUCGUAGUACCAGUAGGCUCAAUAGUUCUUGCCAUUUUUGGAUACUUUUCAUGUAAAUAUUUGGCUAAGCACAGAGCAAGGAAGAAAAAGAGUGAGCUCUUAUUAAGAGAAUCAUUGCCAAACUUCUACAAGGAAAGCAUGGUUACAGAUGACAUCAACCAAGCUAAAUUUGAGGAGCUGCCGUUAUACAACUUUGACAUGCUAGCAAAUGCAACUGACAACUUUCACCUCUCUAGCAAGCUUGGGCACGGUGGUUUCGGUACAGUUUACAAAGGACAAUUGCCAGAGGGACAAGAAAUUGCUGUGAAAAGGCUUUCACAGUCUUCUGGCCAGGGGCUAGAGGAGUUUAUGAAUGAGGUGGUGGUGAUUUCCAAACUUCAACACCGUAAUCUUGUUAGACUCCUUGGCUGCUGCAUAGAAAGAGGGGAGAAGAUGCUGGUUUAUGAAUUCAUGCCAAAAAGAAGCUUGGAUGCCUAUAUCUUUGGUUCACACCUGGAAGCAGAAGACUUCCUUGAUUGGAGUAAACGUGCAAUCAUCAUUGAGGGAAUUGGUCGAGGCCUCCUUUACCUUCACAGGGAUUCAAGACUAAGGAUUAUCCACAGGGAUUUGAAGGCAAGCAACAUUUUGUUGGAUGAAUACCUGAACCCCAAAAUUUCAGAUUUUGGCAUGGCAAGGAUUUUUUCAGGCAACCAAGAUCAGGCCAAUACAAGUAGGGUUGUUGGAACCUAUGGCUAUAUGGCACCUGAAUAUGCAAUGGAAGGAAGAUUCUCAGAAAAAUUAGAUGUUUACAGUUUCGGAGUUUUAUUAUUGGAAAUUAUAAGUGGAAGGAGGAACACUAGCUUUCACCAAGAUGAUUGUGCAAUAAGCCUUCUAGCAUAUGCAUGGAAGCGUUGGAACGAAAACAAGAUAGUCGAAUUGGUUGACCCCAAGAUAAUUGACCUGCAGCUCGAGAAGGAAAUUCUAAGAUGUGUACAUGUUGGACUAUUGUGCGUACAAAAAUAUGCAGAAGACAGACCAAAUGUCUCCACAGUUUUGUCUAUGCUCACCAGGGAAAUUGCUGAUUUACCAAGUCCUAAACAACCUGCAUUUACAACAGGACCAAGCUGUUCCAAUAAAGAUUCCUGUAGAACUCAAGGCUCUGUCAACACCGUUAGCAUUACUACUAUGGAAGGACGAUAGACGUCUUAUAUUUUUUAUGGUUUAAUUUCCUUCUUGUAUGUGAUUUUUUAAAGUAAUGGCUGUUAGGAGUUGUUUUGAUUUUCUUACCAUAUUUGGUUUUCCUAUCUCUUGAAGGAAAGGGCAACAUAUUUAUCAUAAUUGGGUUUUCCUUCUUGUAGAAAGAAACUAUAAAUCUCCCAUAUUUGGCUAGUCCCUUUUUUGUAGGAAAAUGUUUGGACUUUUAUAAAUCGAGGAUCAUCUUUUCUCA